AUGUGGAAAUCAACAAGCUCCAAGACCAUGUCUGACAAUAGCACGACCCACAGCAAAAACAGAGACACAAACUACAGCAAGUUCCGGACGCGGGUGUGCCGUAACUAUUCGAUGGGGAUCACUUGUCCAUUUGGUGAGCGCUGCGCAUUUUCGCACGGUGAGCCCGACAAAUCUCAUGUGCGCACGGAGGAAGCCGAACUGCCGCCACCGCCACCAUACCCCGAAGGCGUCCAGGCGGAAAUCAUGCUGCCACCUGCCUACCCCUCACGAUUCCGCCACGAUCCCUACGGACCGGAGGGUUUUGUUGUUGUUGCGAAGGAGCUCUUCUCAGUUGAUCGGAUUCAAAGAAACCAACCGCUUGGACGCCUCUACACGUAA